AUAAUUGUUUUUGAAUUGGACCAAAUUGAUAAUUAUGACAGGGACAACAAUUUGAGUUUUACUCUCUUCACAUCGGUAGUUCGCCGUUUCAAGCUUGGGUCGUUCACGGCGGCUGCCGCAGCAACUUCUUCAACAUCUUAUCCAUGGAUCUUUUGGAAAAAUUAAAGAUGCAAAGCAAGAAACCAGAUGAUCCGGCGGCGCCUCCGCCGCCGGUGUGUUGGAUUGAGUCUGCGGAUUCGGUUUCUCGCCGCUUUCAGUUCGAACCUGACGGCCAACUCUCUGUGAGAAUAGUGGAUGAUUCCAGACCUGCCUCUCGAAGAAUGGUCGAUUCAUUUAUAAGUACAUUCCUCCCGUCCGGUUACCCAUAUAGUGUUAGUGAGGGAUAUCUUAGAUACACACAAUUCCGGGCAUUGCAACACUUCACAAGUGCAACAUUAUCUGUAUUAUCAACUCAGUCUCUUCUAUUUGCUGCAGGCUUACGACCUACGCCUGCACAGGCUACUGCUGUGAGUUGGAUAUUAAAAGAUGGAAUGCAGCAUGUCGGAAAGAUAAUUUGUAGCAAUUUGGGUGCAAGAAUGGACUCAGAACCUAAAAGUUGGAGGAUUUUUGCUGACAUUCUUUACGACGUUGGUACUGGUCUGGAAGUAGUUUCACCUUUAUGUCCGCACUUAUUUCUUGAAAUGGCCGGGCUUGGCAAUUUUGCUAAGGGAAUGGCGGUUGUUGCUGCACGAGCGACGAGAUUGCCCAUAUAUUCUUCAUUUGCGAAAGAGGGAAAUCUAAGUGACCUUUUUGCUAAAGGUGAAGCAAUUUCCACUCUGUUUAACGUCCUCGGAAUAGGAGCAGGAAUACAGUUGGCUUCGACUGUUUGUUCGUCAAUGCAGGGAAAGAUUAUUGUUGGACCGUUGCUUUCCUUGGUUCACAUAUACUGUGUCAGAGAAGAGAUGAGGGCAACUCCGGUGAACACGCUAAACCCGCAGCGAACGGCCAUGAUUGUUGCCGAGUUUUUAAAGGUUAUACCUACUGGCAGAGUAUCGAGCCCUGCUGAUCUAAGAUACAAAGAAGAUCUCAUAUUCCCGGGACGCCUAAUAGCAGAAGCCGGAAAUGUGAAGGUGGGCAGGCCAUUACACGCGGCUCUGAAGCCAUCGGAGCUCCACAGAGCUAAAGAAAUCCUCCCCGGCGAGAAGUUCAUUCUGCGCCCGGGAAUCAAGUGGACGGACAUGAUACUGGAGCGCAGCGCCACCGGCGAAGACGCUUUGAAGGGAUGGCUUGUUGCCGCGUACGCUGCUGAGGUUGAGAAGUUGCCGAGCGGAGAUGCUAUCCGGGAGGCGUAUGGAAGAAUGAAUGACAUGUUGGAGCCGUUCUUGUUGGAGCUACAGUCGAAGGGAUGGCACACCGACCGGUUCCUCGACGGGACGGGAUGUCGAUUCGCUUUGUAGGGGUACGUGAUUCCUGUUAGGGAAGAACAUUGCAAUUCUUCGCCAUUUUCAAUGUUGUUACAAGUUUUGCAACGUUGAUAAUUGCAGCAGAUGUAUUCAUCAAUCAAUUCAUGCUAUUUUCAUUUUUUUA